AUGACUGCUCGGUUUGGCGCCAAGAGCUCACCACACUGGCUGAUUGUAGGCGCCUGGUGGCAGGUCGCCGCCCCUGAAGAAUUUACCGGCAACCUGCUUCUUGAGUGUGAUGGCCGCUCAUAUGUAAUGGCCAUUGACGAUGGCUCACUCACGGCCUCGGAAGAUGUGGCCAAAGAGCGCGACGGCCCGGUGGCGCAGGAAGUCUUUACUAUCAUCAAAGUCUCUGAUGCGCGCAUUGCCAUUAAGACCGCCUUCAACCGCUACGUUACGGUGGAUGACAACGACGAUGGCGUAGUCUAUGCCCGGGCAGAAGCUAUUGGUGCGCUGCAGCUCUUCCAAGCAGUGUGGACUGAUGAGACACACGUGUCCUUGCGUGGACCUAACAAAAAGUUUCUCAGCAUCCUGCCGGGUCGCCGGUGUACCUGCAACAAGAAUCAAAUGGAUUUGGGCACGACUUUUCAAGCCUUCUCCUGCGCCGAGCGCAAAGAGAAGAAGAAGAAGGACGACUACAAUAUCGAAGGUGGUUCAUUGAAGAACAUGGAAGAAGCAUUCGCCAUGAGGUUUCAAAGCGGUAAAAACGGCAAGUGGCAAGUGAGCGAAGAGGAUGCACGGGAUUUGGGGUCAGCACGUCGCCAGGGCCGCCUGCACGAGAGCCUUCUUGACCGCCGUGCCAAGGUCAAGGCAGAUCGAUAUUGCAAAUAG